UUUAUUUAUUACAACUUAGUCAAAGUUAAUUUAUGUCGAUAAAGAAGUAUAUUAUAAAUAUUCUUUUGGAAUAAUGUGGAACUGUCGAUUGAGUAGCCGUGGAAUUGCUUCCAUAUUAUUAUUAUUGUAUUUUUUCACAAUGGAUUAUUGCGAAUAUAUGAGAACUUGCAAUUCUAAACUUCAUCAGUUCAAUAACACUUCAAUAACACAGCGAUGUUCACUCUUCUGCGAUGGCGCUUCCGCGUCGAGAAUCCCUCAUAAUGGAAAAAUGAAUACUUUGUACCAAAAAGCAUUUCGGACUAAUGGAUUGAUAUACGCAGUAACAGGCCACACCGGACGCCGAUCCGCUUAUCUGGAAUUAAAACUACCGGCACGACUUAGAAGACUUUCUCGCCGAAGCCACAGGAGUGAACGAAAGAGCCACAACAAAAAGGUUGUCCCGAAACAAGGACUAACUCAAUUGUCGAAGUCCACUGUGAUAUUUAUGAGUUCGCACGGAAGAGGACCAAGACUUCGAGUUCUGUAUGUCAUGGGAACCGUUAUUGCAGGGAAAUCAUUCAAACUUGUUAAUGAAGAACGAUACCAAGCUCCAAUAAAGUUUGACCUCGUUCGGUGGAACCACGAACUGUACUCAAUUCAAAUCAAGAAAGGAAAAAAUGAUGGUACGCAUUGGGUAAUUGGCGACGAUCGUCAUGGUGGAUUGCGAGUUUGUCGUUCUUCAGUGUUACACGACUGCUUUGAGAUUGAUUCGGUGACCAAUUCAACAAUGGUAUCGCCGGUGUUUAAAUUUAGACACUUGCCAUGUUCAAGAGAACCAGUUUUUACUUAUCAUCUCGGUAUCGAAUUUCAAUUCGGAGACCGCGUAAAGUAUUUGCAAAUUGCUGACGAUACAGGAGAAUCUAUUCUAACCGACGAUAUCAAUUCUAUAACAAGAUUUAUGUUAAUAUUGGGAACAAAAAUUCCUUGAAGUUCUCGACAUUUUCUCCAAAAACAACAAACCGGAAAGUUCUCAUAAUAGAUGUCAACUAAGUCCUAGUUAAAUAAAAUCCCACUUCAGUGUUAACGACCGAGACAAAAUUACACAAACACAUGAUAACUGUGAAUUAUUCAAAGCGAUUUCCUUUUUUUUACGUAGGUGCAAUCUAUAGCUACAUUGAACGCAAAAGCUCAAGAAACUUAUUGCAAGUCUUGGUGGUGAUGACAAAAAAAUGCUUUGCUUUGGUGCAUAAAAACUGGUUUCACUCAUUUAUACCUAAUAUGAAAUAAACUUUUAAAUAAAGCUAAUUAUGAUAAAAAAA